CACGUACAUACGUAAAUAGCUUAAAAAACGAACCGGGUAGAGAAAAAGGAAGAACAAGAAAGAGAUCGAGAUAAUGUCGUGGCAAACUUACGUUGAUGAGCAUUUGAUGUGCGAUGUCGGUGACGGCCAAGGUCACCACCUCACCUCUGCCGCUAUUAUCGGCCAUGACGGUAGCGUUUGGGCUCAGAGCGCUAAUUUUCCUCAGUUCAAGCCUCAAGAGAUGACAGAUAUCAUGAAAGAUUUCGAUGAGCCUGGUCACCUCGCUCCCACAGGCUUGUUCCUCGCAGGACUUAAGUAUAUGGUUAUCCAAGGCGAGCCUGGUGCAGUCAUCCGUGGCAAAAAGGGGGCUGGAGGAAUCACAAUCAAGAAGACAGGACAAUCAAUGGUGUUUGGUCUGUAUGAAGAACCAGUGACUCCAGGACAAUGUAACAUGGUCGUCGAGAGGUUGGGUGAUUACUUGGUCGAACAGGAUCUCUGAAGCCUUCUAGAAUGCUAUAUUGCUGUUGUUCCAAUCCUAUAAACCAUUGUUUCACUUUUAUUUUUGGCUGGGUGCAUGGGUUCUUAUGUUUUCCUAAUUUAAUAUUUGGCGUUUCUACUUUAGCAAAGUUUAAAAGAAUAUGAAACCUUCCUCUUUUGCAUGGUUUCAUUGAUUAAUUAAUUUUGUUUGUUUUGGUUUAA